AGUCUGACUACAACAGCACUACACGUACCUCAUCGCGAACUCCAAAGCUCUGCAGUAUGUCCGAAAACGCUUUCACCCCCCGCCGCGGCAGCAAACGCCUGCGCCACACUGGCUCUGCCGCCGACAUUGACGACAUCGACAUGUCCUACGGCCGCCUCUCGCGUCCCUCUAGCGUCGACAGCUUCAAGCCGCGCUCCGAGCCGCUGCUGACGAGGGAGUGGUCAACUCCAUCGAGGCCGGAGUCGCUCUUGGGGCAGGAGGAUUCGCGGGCGAUGGAGGACACUUCCUCCCCGGAAGUUCAUGCAGCGCUGAGCUCGCAUGGACAGGAUAGUUUCACGACGAAGGCGCCGAGUAUGCAUACGGACAAUGAAUCUGCACCGACACGGCUAAUGAGUGAGGGAUAUCAGAGCGCCUUCACGCCGACGACGACGACCUUGGGGUAUCAGAUUGCCAUGACGCCAAUGCCAGCAGAUCCUAACAAUCGCCAGUACCCUUCACAGACCAGACCCAACCCCAGUGACUAUCGUCCACUCGACUACUACCCCGGGUUCCGCCGCCCAAACCACCCCCUUCCACAACAACCCCGGCCCAUAGCAGUCCAGCACGGCGCCAACGUCCCCUACCAGCCCUUCCCUCUCACCACCCACCCUUUCCAGCCGUCCCCUUUCCUCGACCUCAACCUCCCCAAGUACUUCACCGUCGAGCCCCUGACCUGCUUCUUCUGGCGCACGCGCAAAGACGGCUGCAAGUACAGCGCCGACGAGUGCCAAUUCGCACACUGGGACACGGGCUUCAACGCACCACCCCCAAAAGACUUCGACCUCGGCCUCGCAAGGCGCGAGCUGAAGAAAGAGCGGCCGGCAAUUGCGAACCGGCGGGCUGGGGAUGGGCAGUUCGGUUCCCCAAGCCAAUCAACUUCGCAUGUGUAUCCCGCCCCACCGCAGCAGCCGCAGAUGCCGAAUCUGUACCAGACGGUUCAGCAGCUGCAGCAGGCUCAGCAUAGCCCUUACUCGCCUCCGCAGCACUCCGGUAGCCCGCCGAAUGCGUAUCAGCACCCCCCACCACCGUUCGGUAGAUAUCCAGGCCAGUACUCUUCUCCGCCGCAUCAUCCACCGCAUCUAGCUCAGCACUUCGGCAGCCAGGUGAGCCCGUAUCAACACCACCCGCUAGGCCUGCACCACCAUCAGCAGCUGCGCCGCGAUGAAGAACCACUAGAAAGGCGCCAGCGCCUGAUUGGGGAGAAGGAGAGGCAGUUGAGGCAGUGGGAGGAGAGAUUGAGGCAGUGGGAGGCAAGGUUGAGGCAGAGGGAGGAGAAGUUGUGUGAGAGGGAGGAGAGGUCGCGUGAGAGGGAGGGUAAGUAG